AUGGCCUUUCUUCGCCAGCUCACGGCCCUCAUGUGGAAGAACCUCCUCGUCACCGUCCUCCGCCACCCCGUCGGCUUCCUCCUCCAGUUCUACGCCGUGCCCCUCGUCGUCUUCGCCGUCCUCGCCCGCCUCCCCGUCUGGCUCAGCCCGACCGAGCACACCUUCAGCACCGAGCUCCCCGCCGCCAUACCCUCCUCUCCCGCUAUCACCGGAACCAUCGCCGUCGUCGCGCCGCCCAACGCCGGCGCCGACAUCCGCGCCGUCAUCGACCGGCUCGCCGCCGCGCCGGACCGGCCGCCGCUACUACGCCUCGACCGCGAGACGGACCUGAUAUCUCGGUGCGGCGCGGACGACUGCCACGCCGCGGUAGUCUUCCGCGACUCGCCGGGGACGACGACCGCCGGCUCCUGGAACUACACCAUCCGGGCGGACGCGUCGAUGACCGGCGCGCACGGCGGCGGCCUGGAGACGGUCUACAUGCCACUGCAGCGCGCCGUCAACGCCGCCAUCACCAACGCCACCACCACCUCCUCCCCAGUGGAGGCUUUUGCGUUUGGCCCGACGUGGUCCCAAGACGCAGACGAGGUCCGCCGCGGCACGCUCAGCACCGUCACCGAAGUCUACGCCUUCGUCCUCUUCGGCUGCCACCUCGUCGCCGUGUACGCCAUCGCCGGCUGGGUCAGCUCCGACCGCGACGCCGGCGUCUCCGCGCUCCUCGACAGCAUGGGGGGCCGCGGCCGACGCUGGACGCUGCCGCUCGCCCGCACGCUGAGCUGGGUCGCCGUGCUCGACGGCGCCUGCCUGCCGCUCUUCGUCACCUUUGGCGCGCUCUACCAGCGGCUGCUGUUCCCGGCCUCGGGGGUGGGCGCGCUGAUCGGCUGGCAGGUGCUGCUGGGCACGGCGCUGAACAGCUCGGCCGUGUUCGCCGCGGCCUUCUUCUCCCGGGCGCGCGUGUCGGCCAUCGUCGUCGGCGUCUUCGCGCUGGCGCUCGCUGUGGCGUUCCAGUUCCACGCGUCGCGGCCGCUGCCGCUGCCGGCGCCGGGCACGGUGCUGGGCCUGUCGGCCGUCUUCCCGAGCUGCAACUACAUGCUGUACCUGCUGGAUAUGGCGAGGUGGGAGGUGACGGGGCGCGCGGCGCAUAUCUCCAGCCUCCCGCCGGCCCGCGACAGCGCCGGCCAGACGCCGGACCUGUACCACGUCACCCAGUCCACGCUGCUUGGGAUCCUCGCCGUGCAGGCCGUCGUGUAUCUCGGCUUGGCCGUGCUGGUCGAGUGUCUCAUGCAUGGCAUCCACUUCAAAGGCAGGCACUUCAAAGGCACUGAUAGCUGCAGCAGCCCUGCGGCGGCGGCCGUCUCGGCCACCAACCUCCAAAAGACGUUCCGCCCCGGCUUCUGGACGCGCAUAUUUUCCUGCGGCAGCGACCGGAAGCGGACCAACCGCGCCGUCGACGACGUCAGCAUCGACGCCCACCGCGGCCAGAUCAUGUGCCUCGUCGGCCCCAACGGCUCCGGCAAGACGACCACGCUGCAGAUGCUCGGCGGCUUCCUCGGCAUGGACGGCGGAACCGGCCGGGUCUCCUUCGACGCCGCUCCCUCCCGCGUCGGCAUCUGCCCGCAGCACAACGUCCUGUGGGAGGAGCUCACCGUGCGCGAGCACCUCGUCCUGUGGUCUGGCAUCAAGGGCAACCCGGCGACCUCGGAGCGGAUCGACGCGCUCAUCGCCGACUGCGACCUCGCGCGCAAGAGCGGCUGCCCGGCGCGGCAUCUGAGCGGCGGCCAGCGGCGCAAGCUGCAGCUCGCGUGCAUGUUGGUGGGCGACCCGGCCGUCUGCCUCGUCGACGAGUGCACCUCCGGGCUCGACCCGCUCUCCCGCCAGGCCAUCUGGGACCUGCUCCUGCGCAGCCGCGCCGCCGGCCGGAGCCUCGUCCUGACCACGCACUUCCUCGACGAGGUCGACGUGCUGGCCGACCACAUCGUCGUCCUGCAGGGGGGUCGGAUCAGGGCGCAGGGCUCGCCCGCGGAGCUCAGCGCCACCCACGGCGGCGGCCACAGGGUCAUGGUCGAGCGCACGCCCGAAAGCCUCGCCGUGGACGAGGAGUUGCAGGAGGAGAAGGGCGUGGCCUGCCAGGACCGGCUCGUCUACAGAACCAAAGACUCCGCCGCCGCCGCCAAGCUCGCCCGCUCCUUUGCAGCCGCCGGCGUCCACGACGUCGCCGUCGCUGGGCCGCAGUUCGACAACAUCUUCCUCAACCUCGCCGGCGACCGGGGCGACUCGGCGCUCCCCAAGCCGAUGACGACAACUCCCGAGUCCGACGAACAACGCAAUCACCACCCGAUGGAGCCGGGACGCGAGACGAGCUUCGCCACGCAGGUCCGCGUGCUCUUCCGCAAGCGCUUCCAGGUGCUCCCGCGCGUCUGGUGGGCUCAGCUCCUCGCCGCCGCCAUCGUCGUCGCCGCCACCUGCGGCCUGCUGACCUCGACCCGGGACGUCGUCGCCCCGGACUGCGGCGAGUACGCGCCGCGCCUGGUCCCGGGCCAGACCGCCCGCCUGCAGUACGACGAGGCCUGCGCGCGCGGCGAGCGGAUGAGCGGGUGCGACACUCUCACCGUCGGCCCGGCGAGCGCCAACGCCACCGUCUUCGAGGCGCUGCGGCGCGGCUACCCUGACUUUGACGGCGUCGUGGCGGCGUCCGGGUUCGUCAACGCGCUCGCUGGCAGGGGGAGUUGGCUGGAGUACAUGCAGAAGCAGACGGGCUACUUCGAGAAGGGCAUCUACUUUGGCAGCGGCGGCGCCGAAGACCCCGUCGUCAUUGCGUACCAGUAUCAGGCGUUCAUUUCGGAGCCCACCGCCGCAAAGCUUCUCAAUAUCUGGAGCCAGGCCACCGCCAACAUUGAGAUCGCCACCACGUACGGCUCCCUGCCGAGGAUACCAAAGGACACACAAGACGGGGCCUGGAUAUUCGUCCUCUUCAUCGCCCUCGUGCAGGCUGCGUACCCGGCCUUCUUCGUCGUGUACCCGGCCAUCGAGCGGCGCAGUAACGUGAGCUCGCUGCAAUACGCCAACGGCGUGCGCAGGACACCCCAGAUGGUCGCCUACAUGCUCUUCGACCUCCUCUGGAUCGUCGUCCUGUCCGUGGUGAGCACCAUCGCCAUCGUCCCCAUCCUCGGGUGGACCGGCUCGCCGUUGCUCAUGAUCCUCAUCUUCGCCUUGCAUGCCGUCUGCGGCAACUUCGUCGCCCAAAUCGCCAGUCACGUUUCCAACGGGCCUUUGAAAGCGUUCCUCACGGCCUUAACCGUCAAUCUCAUCUGCUUUGCCAUUGGCUUCGGCACCGUUUUCGGAAGCUUGUCACAACCCGAUAAAGUCAUUGACGGGGUCGCCUGGGGUCUCGGGUUCUUCCUCCCCAUGGCGAACCUUGUCCGGGCCUUGCUCGUCGGCUUCAACGCCGGCGGCCUGGGCUGCACCGACGGCGUCGCCAAGAUGAUGGGCGCCAUGGACGCCUACGGUGGUCCCAUCCUCUACCUCGUCCUCCAGGUCGUCUGGCUCGGCAUCCUCUCCGUCUGGGUCGACGGCGGCCUGCCCAACAUUUCGCUCCCGGGCAUCCUGACGCGCAGCAAGCCCGCCGCCGCGUCCCCGUCUAGCACGGAGCUGCAAGACCUAGCGGCCGCUGGUCAGCAGGGCGACCAUGACGAUGACGUCCGCGCCGAGACUACCCGCGCGCUCCGCACCGACACGGACCCGCUGCGCGUGCUCAACGUCACCAAGCGGUUCGGCGCCAACCUCGCCGUCGACGACGUCACCUUUGGUCUGGGCCCCGGCGAGGUUCUCGCGCUCCUCGGCCCCAACGGCGCCGGCAAGUCGACGCUCGUCAACAUGAUCCAGUCUGAGCUGCGCCCCACGCACGGCACCAUCCUCCUCGGCGGCGGCGGAGCGCAGGCCGGCCGACAACUCGGCGUGUGCCCGCAGCACGACGGCCUGGACCUGCUCAGCACCCAGCAGCACCUGACGCUGUACGCGCGCAUCAAGGGCGUCCGGCUGAUGGACCGGCUGGGCCUCGCGCCGCACGCGCGCACGCCCGCCGCGCGGUUGUCCGGCGGCAACAAGCGCAAACUGAGCCUGGCCAUCGCGCUGCUGGGCGCGCCGCCGGUGCUGGUGCUCGACGAGCCCACCACGGCCAUGGACGCGCUGUCCAAGCGCGCGUUCUGGCGGCUCGUCGAGGAGUUCGCCGGCGGGCACUCGGUGCUGCUGACCACGCACAGCAUGGAGGAGGCGGACCGGCUGGCGGGUCGCACCGCCAUCAUGGCCGCGGGCCGCCUGCUCGCGGUCGGCUCCACGGCGCGGCUGCAGCGGCGUCACGGGGGUGGCCACAGCGUAGGCUUGGCGCUCCGCUCGGCGCCGGACUCGUCCCAAGAGGAGAUGGCGGCGGUGUGGGCGUGGGUACGGGAGCGCGCGGCUGCGGAGGGCUCUGAGGCGAAGCUUGAGCGCGACAUGCUCCGUGGCCAGAUCCGCUUCACGCUGUCACCGGCGGCGGCUGAUGAGAAGGAGGAGGGGGAGGACGGAGGGGCGAAGGGGCGGAGGUUGCCGCCGGCAAUUGCUCUGUGGACGCUGCUGGAGGAGAACAAGGACGAGCUGGGCAUCGCAUUUUACUCCAUCGGUGGCGCGACGCUGGCGAACGCGUUCAUGAACGUGGUCCGCGCGAACAACGUAUGCGAGGAGAAUAGCGAGGCCAAGAAGAGGUCCAUUGGCCAAUUGAUUCGGGACUUGUUCUGA